AGUUAGCCAUUGCGGUGAGAGGAUAUCGCUUGCGUGAAAAGUGUCGAAAACGGAAAGAAAGUGUCGGAGCCAACGUUUGACCGAUAGCCCAACCUUGUUGUGGUUGCGUGUUGCAUUGCGGCCACGAGAGAAGAACAGAAGCGAAUCCCGGGGGGAGGAGCAUAGAGUGUGGAUAGAGCAAGGAGAGGGAUCGGCGCCCCUAGCGUGGCCAUACACGCGGUCAACUGCUAUCAAUUUAAGACCCUUCGUGGGACAACAGAAGACAGAGAAGGCAAGCAAAGGCGAGAGUGGUAGCAAAAGAGAGAGAAAGAGAAAGAGACAUGUCACAGACGGCUGACGUGCGGCAGACGGGUGGUGGCGAGCAGAAUGACUGUAGUAAACACAAUCCGGUGGCGGAUCCAGCGACACCGGAUGAUGAGCAUCUGUUCAUCAAUCCGACCGAUGGCCUACCGAACGAGCAUCCGGCUUUGCCAAGCGCGUACGAUUCCGACAACGAAUCGAACCCGGUCGACGACGAUCUGUUGGUCGAUCUGCCGACAUCGAUCAUCGUGACCAACAUCCACUCGGAGGUAUUCGCCAACGAUGAGCUGAAGGCGCGCCUCGAGGAACUGUUCAAAACGUUCUCCGACACGACCACGUUUCAGUGGUUGAAGAGCUUUCGGCGGUUGCGCGUCAACUAUGACACGGCGAUCGCUGCGGCCAACGCCCGCAUUCAGCUGCACCAGUACCCGUUCGGCCAGUCGGUCAUCAACUGCUACUUGGCGCAACCGGUGACGCCGGUGUCGAACACCAAUCUCAAACCACCGGCCCCGGUCAAGCAGUUUCUCAUAUCGCCGCCCGCUUCCCCGCCGGCCGGUUGGGAACCGGCGGAGGAAGCCGAACCGCUCGUGAACCACGAUCUGCUGGCAGCGCUAGCUAGCCUGACGCCGGGCGAAAGCCACGAAAUUCACGCCCAAUCCGAGAACCAUCCGGGCAUUAUUGUACACACCGCUGGCCAGCAGCCCGACGGCGGGCCUGGCGAUGAGCAGGAUGAGGACGACGGGACCACGUCGCCCUGCAUGGGCAGCAGCUUCGAGGACGACGAUCCGGACAAGGAAAACGCCGGCGUGAUCGUCGGGGGCAAUGUGCGGAAGCAUCGCAUCAUGCACACGCGCUGUCCGGAGCGCAAAGGUUCCACUUAAAAACGCAGGAAGAUGCACCAUGCUGCGAAGGGGCCACGGUUGUUGUGAUGUUGUUGCAAAAAUGGGUAGAAAACUGUUUGUUGUUUGGGGACGGGCGAUUGAGAGAAUCGAGAAUUCUCCUUUCGUCUGCUUGUGUCCCACCAGCGGCCAUGCGCGGGGUUGGAACCAAUGUUUAUUGAAACACACCGAGCCGAGUUUACCCUCAUCUUGCUCGUGUUUGAGUUCUUAUGAGAGUAGUUAAGCGAAACAACUGAAACAUUUGAAACUGUGAACUCAAUACGUAGUGCAGCAAAGCUCACACUUAAGUUAUCGGUGUUUAGUUCCACUAUUAAUUUCAGUCAGAUUUAUGUGUUAGAGAUGAUCCCCCCGGUACGUUCUCGGGAGUCAGCAGGAAUCAUUGAUGCCGCACUUGAAACAGUUGCGUGAAUCAAUCGAUCAAAAAUUUGAAUUUUGUUUCUCGUAGCCCAACGUACCCCAGAAAAUUUGGCUUGUUGGCCUAUGAAAAGGAUUCUUUUGGUUAUUGAAUAAACGGAAGCUUUAGUUACACGAUAGUUCAGUUUUUCAUGGUAGUUGUUUCGUUAGUUUAUAAAAAUAAUUGGCUGUCUCCAUUUCUUCGUCCUCCAAAUGUUUCUCAGUAGUUUUAUGUAUGCCUUAGUUAACACUUAUUUAGUUUCCUUAAUUGUUUUCUCCGCAAUCACACCGAUAUUAGACUAACGCAGUGGCGGGCAUGUUAGAAACGGGGAACCUGGUGACUAAUUGUACCAUUGUAAUAUAAUUUAGAUAAUACACGGUUGGUGCGCAAUGGUUCGAGCAUUUUAAAAGAAUACUUUUUAAACAAAUGUAUCAAAAUGACGCGAAAACGUAUCGCCAUAUUCUGCAUAAUGAACAAAACUUGUCGUCUCUAACGUCGGUCGUCGGUUGACCCGUGUUCCUUUGGCUCGUGUUUCUGUAUUCCUUCCCUUGUAUGGUGUUCUUUGUGUGCUGUCUGUGACGGUGUGCCAUCAUGAACAAUAGUGUCGUAUCCAUUUGUUGUUCGCCUUGUGUAUUUGUCGGGAAGGAAUGUCUUCGAAUUUUGGAAAAAAUAUUCUCUAUGUACGUUUUUACUCCCUUUAUUACACAACACGUGUAGAAAACUGAACCCCCCACCCUCAUCGAGGGUAGCGAUCGUUCGCUUCUCUCUUUCUCUCCAUUCGAUCACCACCACGGCAUAGGAAGAUCGUUGACGAUACUUGUAACGGAAUAUUGCAGCCACUGAAAGCAGUAGCAUAUGAAAUGAUCAAAUUUCAAAAACAGAAACAUGAAACUGAACAUAACAUUGACUCCGAUUAAAUAUGAACUCUGUGCAUAGAUCAAAGAUUAAAAUAAGGACGAAACGGCGCAUGACUAAGCAUAUAGUAUUUUAUCAAAUACCACAACAAACAAACGAGUUAAGAAAUCUAUAACCGAACACAACUUUGGCAGAUCGAACCUGUUGUGUUAUCAUUGUAACAAGUUUAUCAAACACGUGCACCACAAACGUACGCCUAGGCUCUGUGGGCGGCGAAUAAGUUCGGACCUAGCGAGAGUUGACCGCGAAAUGGUUGUGGCCGUGCCCGACGGGGCGCCGUUCGGUAGCGGAAUUUGUUAGCUUUUACCAAUUAGGGGGUUUGUUGCAGCAUCUAGAGAUCCUAAUAUCAGUUCCAUAGGUUGCGCAAAGAAUGAAGACUUUUGUGGUAGAAACGCACGGCGUAGAAUGCUACAGUAGCGGCCAGACUCGAACGUGAGAAUAUCAGACUCUAGUUGCGGUGAAGAA